UGUGAUGCAAUCUUGCUUUAAAACUAUAUCAUUCCUCAUUUUGUAUCGAAACAGAAUGGAUUACUUACAAUUUCCACGACAUUUCUCGCUUCUAGUUUUUUUCAGUUUGUUCAAUGGAUUGAAAUCGAAAUAUCAAGGCUGUAAUCCUGAGCCUGUGAAUGCAUUAUUCCUUAUCCAUGGAGCUAGCAUUGAGUCCGGGAACCAAAGAAACCUUACAGAACUGUUAGUGAGAGAUGUAACAUCAAGUUUCCAUAAAGAUUCUACUACAAACAUCUAUUUACUGACAGAAACUGAGAAAGAACUUGUUGUAGAUAGCAACUCUAGUGAAGAUACUGUCAUUAAUAAAAUCUUUGCAGAAGAUAUGAAAUCUUCCACUAAAUCAACAACACUAUCUUCUGAAGCUAUAAACAAUGUUUUAGCUUCUACAUUUUCAGUAAACCAGUAUAAAAAUAGGGCAGAAUUUGUUAUUUUACUGGUGACAAAUCAAACAGAAUUAGAUGCAGUGUCACCUUUUCUUGAAAAGAAAAAGACAGUGGUUGUGGUACUUGGUUCGUCUAUUCCAAAUAUAUUCAAGUCUGUGGCGAGUUACAGAGAGGACUAUCUCUACCAAGUUGGAAGUUUUGAAGAACUUAAGCUGGUCAUUGAAAAGAUAAAAGAGCGUAUUGCCUGUGAUUCGAAUCAGUACUGUGAUACUGAUAAGUAUAGUACGAAGAAAGGGAGCAGGUGUAAAAGUUGUGAAGGGCCCUGUGAACAAAAAACAGAUAUCUGCACCAAGUAUUGUCUGUUUGAAAGACCAAAGCCUGACUUAAACAAUUUAAGUGAACCAAAUCAUAUGACAACUGGUGGUGGCCACAUGGUUGGUGGCCAUGUGAAAGGAACAAUAGAAGACAAAAAAGAUUUGGCCGUGCAUGCCAUUUUGAUAGCAAUUGCAAUCCUAUUUGUGGCCCUUU